CAUAUCGUUCUCCUCGGAAAAGCGCGAAAGCAAUUUUUGGGAUACAAAGGUGUGCUGUCGAAGGAUUCAAAUUAAUGGACUGUACGGCGGGACGGAUUCGCGGUUUGAGUUAGCGCAAUGAGCCAUACACCGAGCGGUUAUCAUCGGCCGUCGCGUGGUAGCAAAGAUGGCCACGAAGAGCACUUCGACACAGUCCACGAGCAUUUGCUGCUGGAGGGAGACAAAAUUCCGUUCGUCGAUUCCGAGGAUGAAAGCACUGGCGACAGCACCGACGGCGGCGGUAAUGAACCGCUGGACGAGGACAGGACAGGUGGAACCAGCGGGAACGCGUCCGAUUGUGAAGACGACGAAGACGACGUGAUGACUGAGAGUCAGGAGAACCUGGCGAUGGCUUAUGUUAAUCGGUACAGAAUGCCGUCGCUUGCGGAACGUCGAAAUCAGGGGAAGCUGACUGUUACGAUCGAGAAUGAGCGAAAUCCUCCAGAACGUGUCCUUGCGGAGGAGGCCAAAGAUAAGCACACGGAGCUCAAGAGCAUCCAGGACAGAGCAGUAGGGCUGCGGCGGAAUUCUAUCUCGAUGCCAAGCCUGACCAACGAUGAUCUGCAAGCUUUACAUCAAGCCAGAGUUGAUGAGGAGGAAAGCAAAAUUCUGGUUAUUGAAAGUCCCAGUAUAAGCACGGAGAUCACGGCAUCUCCGGAUACUCCGAGUACACCGGUGAGCCCGAAGCCAAUGCUGCACUAUGACGAUGACAGCGAAGGGGAGGAAAAACCUGUCAACAAAAGGACUUUAUUCCGGAGUAGCCGCCGAGGAUCAAUCGCUCCGCUGCCGGCCUUGCGACUCAACGAUAAGGAAAUGAUGGCGAACGACUUCGACACGCAGAGCGUGGUGAGCAAUCAGGCCUCCAUCACCAGUGUCAACUCGCUGGCCAGUUUGCUCAAGGAGAAGAUGCAGAACGUUCCGGCCAUGAUACGCAAGAAGCGGCGCGAAACCAAAGACUACAAACUGCGCGUCUUUGUCGGCAUGCUGUUUCUUAUCAUCGUUUUUCUCAUUGGCUACGCAAACGUCAUGUACCAGCAGAAGCUGUUGGCUAGGUCCUACUUUGAGAAUGUAAAGCUACAGAAGACAACCCGAGCGCUGCGGAUUCUGGAUGCAAAGGGAGCCGACCUGCUUACGGGCGUCCUGGGCGUGGCGAGCUUCAUCGAGAAACCUUACAAUUGUUUGGCCGAGGAUUUGCGAGAUGAUGGCAGUGUUUGCUACGAGUGGAAUUCCAUGGCACGAUUGUACAUGAAUUCGGUGAAAACGGCUACGCCGGAAAUUAAGUGCUACAGUUUUAGUUGGGAAACACUUACGGAUAACUACUAUCCCACCGAUUGUUUCGACAUUGGAGAGGAUCGUGGUUUCUGGUAUGGUGGGGGGCUUCCUAGAGGUAUAGAUUAUCCGUUGAGUAAAGCUUCGUUUGAUUUUGCUCCGUUCAUCACUGGAGAUAUUAAUGCCCAGCAGUGGGGAAAUGCUGUUAAGAGGUAUUUUCUGAACUCGAAGGGCAUUGCGAUACGGGUUGACGAUCGAACUCCACUUUAUGUCAGUAUUAAUCAUAAUGCCAAUAACAAAUUCUGCCUGCAAGGCCGAAAUGAUAAUUUCGCAUUUGUCAAUAGACUAUCCCAGUAUCCUGAGUUGAAUUAUGAGAUUUGUACUGGACCUGACAUGAAAACGCUGCACAAUGGUUUGCUGCAAAAGAGUCUUUGGGAUGGUUUGACAGAGAAUGACAAUGCGAUCAUAAAAUCAUUGCUCAGGGAACCGGUAUGGCAGAUACCGGCAUCCAGCCAGGAGGAACUGACGGAGACUGCAAUUUAUAAUUACACUGAAAAUGUAAUUGCAUCGGGUUAUCUGCGGUUGGGACAUGUCUUGUUGAAUGAGUUUUGGCAGAAGCAUAUUGGGGAUUUCACGCUGGAUGCUGAUCGCUUCGCAACGCUGGAGGAUACUGUGAAUAUCCUUCAUCGAAGAGGAUUCCGAAUCUCACUGUCGAUUCAACCGUUCAUUAGCACCGAAAGCGUGAAUUUCUUGGAAACCGUCUCGAAGAAGCUGCUGAUUUACGAACGAGAAUCCGAACGAAGUAUUCCUGCCUUGACUCGAUUUAAGAGUCUUGCUAGUGCUGGUGUUAUAGAUAUAACUAAUAAUGCAACAGUCACGUGGUUGAAGGAUAAACUGCAAAAAAUUGUUGAAAAUCUUGGAAUAGACUCUUUCUAUUUGGAUUUUGGAAAUGCCUUCAACAUUCCUCGGUACUAUCAGUGCUCGAGCAUGCUGGAAAAUCCUGAUCAGUACAAGAAUGUAUUCAUGAGCCGCUUUGAAGGUAAUCUGAACAUUUUCGGAGUCUCCAGUGCCGUUUCCGUGCCACGGCCACCAGCUUUCGUUAGCCUUCCUCCGGUCAACAGUAGCUGGUGUGGUUUGCAGACCAUCAUUCCUACACUGCUGUCGUACGGCGUCAUUGGGUUUCCCUUCGUAAUGCCUGGGCCCGUGGGAGGCGACUUUCUGCUGCCAACGGAAAAGCUUCAUAAAAUGUACUCAUUUUAUUCCCUGGCCAGUCCACCCCUACCGGAGGUGGAGCUGUACAUUCGCUGGCUGCAGAUGGCUACCUUCCUGCCGGUGCUCCGGUUCACUCACCUUCCGUCGGAGUACAAAAACGAUACGGUCACGGAAAUUGCCAAGGAGCUGUCGGCAAUUCGUCAGAAAACCGUCGUCCCACUGCUGGAGAAAUAUUCCAGUGAAGCCAUGGACGAAGGAUUGCCGAUCAUCAGGCCGCUCUGGAUGAUGGAUUCGACCGAUGUGAACUGUUUGUACAUCGACGACGAGUUCUCGAUUGGGGAUGGGAUGAUUGUGGCGCCGAUCCUUUAUCGUGCCGAUAUUAGUCGUGAAGUCUAUCUGCCUCACGGUGUCUGGAAGGACGGCAUCGACGGUUCGCUGCGGAAGGGUAACCGCUGGAUACACAAUUAUCACGUUCCACGUGAUAAGGUGGCCUAUUUUGUAAAAAUGCCCGACAACACACGCUUCUAGAGGUUGCAUUCCUAUUCAAACCGAGCACGUCUAUUUUGACGUGCAUUCCGCCAUUCCACGCCAACAUUCUCAAAAGGGGAGAAGUUCUUUCAUCAAAUGAAAGUGCUCUAGUGUAAGAGAUUUCGUAUUUAUUUGUGUUUGAUUUUGUCCUGAUUGUAAAAUGUUCUGCCAAAGGCAGAAGUUUAGUAUUAAACAUGCAGUAAAAAGCUAGCAUUUGCUUUGCGGUUGUAGCGAUUGCUCUUCCUUAAACUAAUUCUUUUAAAUACACUGUAAAUAUAUAACUUUUAAAACAUGCCAUACCAACAGGUAAACUGUUGAAUAUUUCUGUGUGGAAAUUCAUCCAUUCUAAACUAGGUUUUGCACUAGCAGCUGCUGCCAUUUGUUUGAUAGUUUCUGUCUGGUGAGAGUAUCUGCGUAUCUGUUGCUUUAAAAUAAUACUUUUUCACGGAGAAUGUAAGUACGAUUCAAUAGAAAAAUCUCUUAUCUUAGGAAAAAUGCUGCGCUAAACUACGAUAAAUGUUAA